AUGGCAAAAGCAGAAAGAUAUAUCAUUAUCUGCAGGUUAGUGUCUGGGAUUUCAGCAUUUUCUUUAUCUUCAGUUACAGCUGCAACUACUGUCAAGAGAAGAAAGAUCGCUGCAGUGGAUCAGAUCUUAACUAGUUUGGCCAUCUACAGAACCGAUCAGCUGCAUUAUAUUAAUAACUUCAGUACUUCCAGAUUUAUUGAUGGCUGGAAAGAUGACUUCUUUUGGCUAAUUUUCUCCCAGUGGAACCAUCUGAAGAAGAUGCAGCUCAAAGCCAAAAGCUCCGGAGAUGGCAGUGUGCGAUCUUCACUGACCAUAAAUGAAGAGCACAGCGAUGUGUUCACAGAAUCACAACCAGUGAUACGAGAGCUACAUUUCGUUUUUUGUCUUUUAAAUAUUAUUUGCUGAGACGUGAUGAGUGUUUUUCUCAGAAUUGCCACCAUGGCAAUGGUGGCAGAAAUUACUCUGGGAAGCUUUGCCAAUGUCUUCAUUGUUCUGGUGAACUUUACUGACUGCAUCAAGAGAAGAAAAAUCUCCUUAGCUGAUAGAAUUCUCACUGCUCUGGCCAUCUUCAGGAUCGGUUUUCUCUUGGUAGUGUUAAUGAAUUGGUGCUCAACUGUGUUUAAUCCAGCUUUAUUAACUAUACAAAUAAAAUUUAUUAUUUGUGUCACCUGGGCUGUAAUCAACCAUUUUAAUACCUGGCUGGCAACUAUACUCAGCAUACUGUAUUUGCUGAAGAUAGGCAAUUUCUCGAACUUGCUUUUUCUUGGCCUGAAGAGAAAAAUUAAGAGUGUCAUUGUAGUUGUUCUUUUGGGGAGUUUGGUGAUUUUGUUUCCUAAUCUGGUGAUGGGAACCAUAUAUGGGAAAAUCCAAGUAGAUGGUCACAGAGGCAACUUGACUGGGAAGCCCAAACUGGCUUAUGUCGUAAACCAUCAUACACUUUUGAUGACAUUCACUCUGAACAAUGUCAUUCCCUUUACCACAUCUGUGAUCUGUCUUCUGCUGUUAAUCUAUUCUCUGUGUAAACACCUUCAGACAAUGAAGCUUUACAGAAAAGGACCCCAAGAUCCAAGCACUACAGCCCACAUUAAGGCUUUGCAAGUUGUGAUCUCUUUUCUGCUGUUAUUUUCCAUGUUCAUUCUAUCGCUAAUCAUAUCAGGUUACAAUUAUAUGACAUCUCUGGAUGAGCCAGUCCACCUGAUUUGCCAGGUUAUUGGGACCUUGUAUCCUUCAAGCCAUUCCUUCAUACUGAUAUGGGGAAACAAGAGGAUUAAACAGGCCUUUGUGUUGGCAAUGGUGCACGUGCGACCAAGGCUCUGGCUGAAAGAAACAAAACCUUGA